UAGUUGCAAGUAAUGCAUAGAAAAUCUGCUUGUAAAAUCUGCUUGUAAUAUGAUGCAGUUUGUCAGUUUAGGACUUUAUGACACUUACUGCCGGCUCCCCCUGGUCCAGCACCCCCCUGGCCGAGCACCCCGGCCCCUGCGAGGAAUAAGGCAAUAGUUUUUGUUUGUAGGCAUGUGUGCCAAGAUGUGUUGCGCCAAGAUUCAUUGACAUAGAGUGCAUUAACACACCAGUCUGUGGCCCAAGUCCAGAUCCUGUGGCCACUCCAGGGAGAACACCACGGCCUCCAAAACCUAGCCAGGGAAGAUGAGAAGAAAAUCACACAAGUGUUACAACUUUUUCUGCAAAAACACUGAAUGAUGUAUUAUUGUAUUGUUUAAUAUGUGUUAUAUGUUUCUUGUGUUGCAACAUACCUUGGCCUGGUACAUAUCCACCUUGAUAGAGUCCAGGCACCCCAACUCCUGUGUGACAGCAUACACAAAUGUAGAAUGUUGCCCAAAAAAAUCAGUGUUUCUGAUUGAUCAUAAACUAUUAAGUGAACUGAUGUAGCACAUCCUUGAGUAACAAAGGGAGUGUCUUCUUUUACCUGGAACUUGUUUUGAUGCUUUACCACCGCUCUUUCCUCCAGGUCCUCCCCCAGUCGUGCCAGUCUGUGGCAGCAUUGGAACUGAAACAGCAAUGAACAGCUCCACCAGGACCGACUCCUCCGGGUCCAACCCCUGCACCACCAGGUACAAAUCCAGCACCACCAGGCCCAAAUCCCACACCACCAGGCCCUACUCCCACACCACCAGGCCCUACUCCAGCACCACCAGGCCCUACUCCAGCACCACCAGGCCCAAAUCCCGCACCACCAAGCCCAAAUCCCACACCACCAGGCCCUACUCCCGCACCACCAGGCCCUACUCCCACACCACCAGGCCCUACUCCCACACCACCAGGCCCAAAUCCCACACCACCAGGCCCAAAUCCCACACCACCAGGCCCUACUCCCGCACCACCAGGCCCUACUCCCACACCACCAGGCCCAAAUCCCGCACCACCAGGCCCAAAUCCUGCACCACUAGGCCCUACUCCUGCUCCACCAGGCCCAAAUCCCGCACCACCAGGCCCAACCCCAGCACCACCAGGCCCUACUCCCGCACCACCAGGCCCAAAUCCUGCACCACCAGGCCCUACUCCUGCUCCACCAGGUCCAAAUCCUACUCCACCAGGUCCAAAUCCUACUCCACCAGGCCCAUAACCUGUUCCUAAGGUAAAAAAUAAACAAAAUUCUGUCAUAUUUCAGUGAUUAAAACUGCUUAAUGUUUAUUAGUAAGCUGCAAAUACCUGUUUUAGGAGGUUUGGGACCAGUUCCACCAGUUCCUGGGUAUUGACCAGCACCUGGACCAUAACCGCCUCCAUAGCCACCUGGGUCAGGACAGUGGUUUGUUUAAUGCAAAUAUAUUCUUCAAGGUAAGCAAUAUAUACAAAUGUAAGGUGUGUGACCAGUUAAGGAGGAGAGAAUCAUUUUUCAGUCAUAUUAUUGGGUGCUUCAACAGAGCAGCUCUGUGAUUUGUUUAUUUGUGACUCUUUUUGCCAGCAGGUUGUGUAGAAGAUACACGAGUAUAAGCCAGCUCUGUUUAUUCAUGUUGUUCAAUAAUUCUCAUGGUUGUAUGAUUGCAUAAACACCUGGCGAUGAACUCACUUUAUUAAUGCAUUUAUUUAUCCGUGCACUUGUUAAUAAGAAGAAAUAGAAACAGGCCAAUGCAUUUAAACCUAUUAUUGGGUGUCAUGUAAAGAUACAGAUGUAGAGAAAUGGAAACCACUGACCUCCA